AUGCUCAGGGUCCCAGUUCAGGACGUCUAUGGUGUCGAGCUGGUCACUGCUCCCCGUGUUAUAAAGUUUGUGAGUGAGGCGGUGUACCGUGAUUUUCUCGGGAGGUACGAGGGGCGUACUUUGCUGCUGCAGGACGGCAACGGGUCUGUGACCAUUUCGGACCGCAGUGGUGCUGUGACAUAUUUCUUAAAUAACAAAAUACAAAAAAAAAAUCUUCCAAACAAUCACAACAACCAGGCUGGCACCAAAACAGUUCAACAAGCACCAAAACAGUUCAACAAACACCAAAACAACUCAGCAAGCACCAAAACAGCUCAGCAAGCACCAAAACAGCUCAGCAAGCACCAAAACAGCUCAGCAAGCACCAAAACAGCUCAGCAAGCACCAAAACAGCUCAUCAAGCACCAAAACAAAACAGCUCAGCAAGCACCAAAACAGCUCAACAAGCACCAAAACAGCUCAGCAAGCACCAAAACAACUCAACAAGCACCAAAACAACUCAGCAAGCACCAAAACAACUCAGCAAGCACCAAAACAGCUCAUCAAGCACCAAAACAGCUCAGCAAGCACCAAAACAGCUCAUCAAGCACCAAAACAGCUCAGCAAGCACCAAAACAGCUCAGCAAGCACCAAAACAGCUCAGCAAGCACCAAAACAACUCAGCAAGCACCAAAACAGCUCAACAAGCACCAAAACAGCUCAUCAAGCACCAAAACAGCUCAACAAGCACCAAAACAGCUCAUCAAGCACCAAAACAGCUCAGCAAGCACCAAAACAGCUCAGCAAGCACCAAAACAGCUCAUCAAGCACCAAAACAGCUCAGCAAGCACCAAAACAGCUCAGCAAGCACCAAAACAGCUCAGCAAGCACCAAAACAACUCAGCAAUCACCAAAACAGCUCAGCAAGCACCAAAACAGCUCAGCAAGCACCAAAACAGCUCAGCAAGCACCAAAACAGCUCAGCAAGCACCAAAACAGCUCAUCAAGCACCAAAACAGCUCAGCAAGCACCAAAACAGCUCAGCAAGCACCAAAACAGCUCAGCAAGCACCAAAACAGCUCAGCAAUCACCAAAACAGCUCAGCAAGCACCAAAACAGCUCAUCAAGCACCAAAACAGCUCAACAAGCACCAAAACAGCUCAUCAAGCAUCAAAACAACUCAGCAAGCACCAAAACAGCUCAUCAAGCACCAAAACAGCUCAGCAAGCACCAAAACAACUCAGCAAGCACCAAAACAGCUCAGCAAGCACCAAAACAACUCAACAAGCACCAAAACAGCUCAGCAAGCACCAAAACAGCUCAGCAAGCACCAAAACAGCUCAUCAAGCACCAAAACAGCUCAGCAAGCACCAAAACAGCUCAUCAAGCACCAAAACAGCUCAACAAGCACCAAAACAGCUCAUCAAGCACCAAAACAACUCAGCAAGCACCAAAACAACUCAGCAAGCACCAAAACAGCUCAUCAAGCACCAAAACAGCUCAACAAGCACCAAAACAGCUCAUCAAGCACCAAAACAGCUCAACAAGCACCAAAACAGCUCAACAAGCACCAAAACAGCUCAUCAAGCACCAAAACAGCUCAGCAAGCACCAAAAUAGUUCAACAAACACCAAAACAGCUCAGCAAGCACCAAAACAGUUCAACAAACACCAAAACAGCUCAGCAAGCACCAAAAAAAAUUAA